AUGCGUAUCGUUAAGUACCUAUUCUCAAAGUUGGCGUUUUCUAAAGGACGCCAGACUGAUAUCUUCGUCACCGAUUUCACUAAGCGAACGUGUCUAUGUGCCUUUCGUCUCGAGGCCACUGACUCUCUACUUACGGUCGCAUCGAGUUAG